AUGGUUCCCAAAAUCUCUAACUGUCUAGCUUUCUUCAUCACCCUCGACCUCCUCUUCUUUUCCCUCGUGUCAUCUUCCCUGGCUCCCCAUACCUGUCCUAUGGAGGACACUCUUAAGUUGGGAGUGUGCGACGAUUUUCUUGGAAGAUUAAUUGGUGUCAUCAUCGAAUAUCCUCCCAAUACUUCUUGUUGCGCGCUCAUAAAUGGCUUGGUUGAUCUCGAGGCUGCUAUUUGUCUUUGCACUGCCAUCAAGGAAAACGUACUUGGCAUCAACCACAAUGUUCCUGCCUCUCUCAACUUGCUUCUUUAUGCUUGCGGGAAGAAAACACCGCCUGAUUUCAAUUGUGUUUAACUAAAAAUGUG